AUGAUUAAGGUCCUCUAUGAGAAAGUUGGUGAGGUAAAUGAUGAUAACGAGGAUCCCCUUGAUGACGAAGACCUACUGGGAGAGGACCAUCUAAGGCUAGGGAUAGACAAUAAGAAGCCUCAGAAGACUUCAAGCACCUCUCAUGAGGAUAGCCUAAACGAGACAAUUAUGACCUUCAAAGCGACGGUUAAGCCCAAGAUCUUGAAACACAUUCUAGGACCAUCAUCUUCAAAGACAACUAUACCAUCGCGGAAGCCUAGUAAGGGAUCAAUUCUUCAUGGGAUGUAUAAUAAGAAAGAUGAGAUCCUCCGUAAAGGAUAA